UAUGGCGCGUACCGGAGCACGCUGACGUCAUUAUGGUGCGACGGUUUCGGGAUAAACAGGAAGAGCGGCGGUGUGACUGAACACAAUGGAGUCCAUCGCUCUGUUUACUCUGUGGAUAAUUUUAAGUCGUUUGGUCCACGGUGGUCCACAGCCUUCUCACAGCCUGUUGUUAAACAAAUCUAUCGCCUUUGUGGCACGAAAAUGGUCACGUAAUCGUGCUGCUCGUAUGAGGAGGUUUGCAAGGUACCAGCUGAAGUGCAGCAAGGACUUUGCAGCUUUGAUUACGGACUACAGUUCCCGUACAUCGACAAGGACCAUAUGGAUUCGGCAGAGAUCUGGUGUGUGGUGGCAGCAUGUUCUCAGCAGCUGGACAGACUGUGAGUGGAAGGCUAAUUUCAGAAUGAGAAGGACAUCAUUCUUGCAGUUGUGCAACAGCCUGCAGCCGCACCUUCAAAGACAGACCACUUCAUUCAGAAAACCAGUGCCCGUGGACCAACGUGUUGCAAUAUGCAUAUGGAGACUGGGCACAAAUGUAGAGUACCGAACCAUCUCCCAUUUAUUUGGGAUUGGUCAGUCGACUGCUGUUAGCAUUACCAACCAUGUAGCCUCUGCAAUUGUGAAAAAUUUGCUUUCCCUUUUCAUCAGAACACCCUCUGAACAGGAGUUUGAAAGCAUAAUUCAGGGAUUCAGAGACAAGUGGGGCUUCCCACAAUGUGGAGGAGCAAUUGAUGGCACUCACAUUGGGAUUUUGGCUCCACCUGUUAGCUCUGCAGACUACUACAACCGGAAAGGUUUCUACUCUGUUAUUCUGCAAGGUGUGGUUGACAACCGACUUAUGUUCUGGGACAUUAAUGUGGGAUGGCCGGGCAAGGUUCAUGAUGCAAGAGUUUUUGCCAAUUCAUCCUUGUUUGAGAGGGGUCAGAGUAAUACACUGUUCCCUCGGAUAACAGUGAGGUUUGAAGGAGUAGAUGUGCCAGUGGUGAUUUUGGGGGAUGCUGCAUAUCCGUUACUGCCAUGGUUGAUGAAACCAUAUCCAGAAAAUGAACAAACAACCCCUGCACAGGCCACCUUCAACAACCGCCUCAGCAAGGCACGGAUGACUGUUGAAAGGGCAUUUGGCCUCCUGAAAGGAAGGUGGAGAUGCUUAAUGAAGAGGUGUGAUUGCCGCAUACACAACAUAAACACUAUUAUCAGCGCAUGUUGCGUUCUGCACAAUUUUUGUCAAGUAAAUGGUGAGGAAUGUGAGGAGAUUGCCACAGAAGAGGAAAAUCUGAACAGUGAAUGUAAUCCUCGUAAUACAGCCACUAGUUCAAAUGCCACCAGAGAUGCAUUGUGUUCAUAUUUCUCAAAUUUGUAGAGAGAGAGUGUAUAUUUCAAGAGGAUGGUUUUCAUUACAUACUUCUGUGUCAUGCCGCUACUACAUUCAGUGCAUGUAUAUUUGUUGUACUUAUUGGUUUACUAUGACUUAUUUUUGUGCUGUUGUCAAUAAAGUCAUAUUGAUGAUUUCAAGAA